AUGGCCACUGAUGAAACGGAGAUGUCGUCCACGUCUGUGGGGCAGUCGUGUGGAGUUCUUCCUGAAUCACAUGACACAGACUGUGAGGAUUGCCGGUCUUUCUUCAUUGGUAAAUGUGAGGUGCAUGGCCCCCCAACGUUCAUCCCCGACACCCCCGUGCGCAUAGGGGUCACAGAAAGAGCCAGACGCACCCUUCCCUCAGGACUAGAGGUCAGGAGGUCAAACAUCUCAAACGCAGAGCUGGGCGUGUUUAACCAGGGUGACACUAUACCCAGCGGGACACACUUUGGCCCCUAUGAAGACCAGAUGUCUGACAGAGAUGACACCAAGGACAGUGGAUACUCCUGGGUGUACAAAGGGGGGGUUCUGUUCCGCAGCUGUAGACCCAUCGCUGCUGGAGAGGAGCUGCUGGUCUGGUGUGGAGAAGAAUAUACCAAGGACCAGGACGACCCAGCGGACUGCCACUGGGACAAGACAUUUUCCCCUGAGAAAGGCCACAUUUCCUCACAAAACCUCAUUAAGACAUGGCAUCCUGAAGAGUCCCUGAGUUUACUAAAGACCAGAGAGAUUAAAUCAGAAGACAUGCCACUGAGCCCAGAACAGUUAUCCUCUGAUAUUACAUUCAUUUCAGCACAAUCCGCUGUCAACACGAAAAGAAGGCGCUCUUCGUUUGGGAAGAGCUCCCCUGUCAGAAGAGCCCUAACACCUAAACAGAGAGUGACAGGGAAGAACACAACACACUCUUCACGCAGGAAGAGCCUCAGAAGACACCAGCGCAUUCACACGGGGGAGAGGCCAUACCAGUGCUCCCAGUGUGGGAAGAGCUUCAGUCGGUCAUCAAGUGUUAGGAGACACCAGCGCAUUCACACAGGGGAAAAGCCAUACCACUGCUCCCAGUGUGGGAAGAGCUUCAGUAAUGCAUCAAGUCUUAGAACACACCAGCGCAUUCACACAGCAGAGAGGCCAUACCACUGCUCCCAGUGUGGGAAGAGCUUCAGUCGGUCAUCAAGUCUUAGGACACACCAGCGCGUUCACACAGGGGAGAGGCCAUACCACUGCUCCCAGUGUGGGAAGAGCUUCAACCAGUUAUCAAUUCUUCAAUCACACCAGCGCAUUCACACAGGGGAGAGGCCAUACCACUGCUCCCAGUGUGGGAAGAGCUUCAAACACUGGUCAGCUCUUAAAAGACACCAGCGCAUUCACACAGGGGAGAGGCCAUACCACUGCUCCCAGUGUGGGAAGAGCUUCAGUGAUUCAUCAAAUCUCCAAUCACACCAGCGCACUCACACUGGGGAAAAGCCAUACCACUGCUCCCAGUGUGGGAAGAGCUUCAACCAUUUAUCAAUUCUUCAAUCACACCAGCGCAUUCACACAGGGGAGAGGCCAUACCACUGCUCCCAGUGUGGGAAGAGCUUCAGUACUUCAUCAGGUCUUGUAAGACACCAGCGCAGUCACACAGGGGAAAAGCCAUACUACUGCUCCCAAUGUGGGAAGAGUUUCAACCAGUUAUCAAUUCUUCAAUCACACCAGCGCAUUCACACAGGGGAGAGGCCAUACCACUGCUCCCAGUGUGGGAAGAGCUUCAGUAAUGCAUCAAGUCUUAGAACACACCAGCGCAUUCACACAGCAGAGAGGCCAUACCACUGCUCCCAGUGUGGGAAGAGCUUCAACCAGUUAUCAAUUCUUCAAUCACACCAGCGCAUUCACACAGGGGAGAGGCCAUACCACUGCUCCCAGUGUGGGAAGAGCUUCAAACAGUGGUCAGCUCUUAAAAGACACCAGCGCAUUCACACAGGGGAGAGGCCAUACUACUGCUCCCAGUGUGGGAAGAGCUUCAGUGAUUCAUCAGGUCUUGUAAGACACCAGCGCAUUCACACAGGGGAAAAGCCAUACUACUGCUCCCAGUGUGGGAAGAGUUUCAACCAAUUAUCAAUUCUUCAAUCACACCAGCGCAUUCACACAGGGGAAAAGCCAUACCACUGCUCCCAGUGUGGGAAGAGCUUCAGCCAAUCACUGUGUAUCAGAACACACCAGCGCAUUCACACAGGGGAGAGGCCAUACCACUGCUCCCAGUGUGGGAAGAGCUUCAGUAAUUCAUCAGGUCUUAGAACACACCAGCGCAUUCACACAGGGGAAAAGCCAUACCACUGCUCCCAGUGCGGGAAGAGUUUCAGUCGGUCAUCAGAUCUUGGAACACACCAGCGCAUUCACACAGGGGAGAGGCCAUACCACUGCUCCCAGUGUGGGAAGAGCUUCAGUAAUUUAUCAAGUUUUAGAGGACACCAGCGCAUUCACACAGGGGAGAGGCCAUACCACUGCUCCCAGUGUGGAAAGAGCUUCAGUGAUGCAUCAGGUCUUUUUGUACACCAGCGCAUUCACACAGGGGAGAGGCCAUACCACUGCUCCCAGUGUGGGAAGAGCUUCAGUAAUUCAUCAGGUCUUAGAGCACACCAGCACAUUCAUACAUUGGAUAGGCCAUACCAUUGCUCCCAGUGUGGGAAGAGCUUCAAACAGUUGUCAGUUCUUCAAGCACACCAGCGCAUUCACACAGGGGAGAGGCCAUACCACUGCUCCCAGUGUGGGAAGAGCUUCAGUAAUUCAUCAGGUCUUAGAAAACACCAGCGCAUUCACACAGGGGAGAAGCCAUACCACUGCUCCCAGUGUGGGCAGAGCUUCAAACAGUUAUCAGUUCUUCAAUCACACGAGCGCAUUCACACGGGGGAGAGGCCGUACCACUGCUCCCAGUGUGGGAAGAGCUUCAGGAAUUCAUCAGGCCUUAGAUAUCACCAGCGCAUUCACACAGGGGAAAAACUAUACCAGUGCUCCCAGUGUGGGAAGAGCUUCAGGAAUUCAUGGAAUCUGAAAAGACACCAGCGCAUUCACACAGGGGAGAAGCCAUACUAGUGCUCCCAGUGUGGGAAGAGCUUCAGCAAAUCAGCUGACCUGAACAGGCACAGGUGUACACUGAGGACCAGCCUCAGAAGACACCAGCGCAUUCACACGGGGGAGAAGUCAAACCACUGCUCCCAGUGUGGGAAGAGCUUCAGUCGGUCAUCAAGUCUUAGAACACACCAGCGCAUUCACACAGGGGAAAAGCCAUACCACUGCUCCCAGUGUGGGAAGAGCUUCAGUAAUGCAUCAAGUCUUAGAACACACCAGCGCAUUCACACAGCAGAGAGGCCAUACCACUGCUCCCAGUGUGGGAAGAGCUUCAACCAGUUAUCAAUUCUUCAAUCACACCAGCGCAUUCACACAGGGGAGAGGCCAUACCACUGCUCCCAGUGUGGGAAGAGCUUCAACCAGUUAUCAAUUCUUCAAUCACACCAGCGCAUUCACACAGGGGAGAGGCCAUACCACUGCUCCCAGUGUGGGAAGAGCUUCAAACAGUGGUCAGCUCUUAAAAGACACCAGCGCAUUCACACAGGGGAGAGGCCAUACCACUGCUCCCAGUGUGGGAAGAGCUUCAGUGAUUCAUCAAAUCUCCAAUCACACCAGCGCAGUCACACAGGGGAAAAGCCAUACUACUGCUCCCAGUGUGGGAAGAUCUUCACUAAUGCAUGGAAUCUUAAAACACACCAGCGCAUUCACACGGGGGAGAGGCCGUACCACUGCUCCCAGUGUGGGAAGAGCUUCAGUCGGUCAUCAAGUCUUAGGACACACCAGCGCAUUCACACAGGGGAAAAGCCAUACCACUGCUCCCAGUGUGGGAAGAGCUUCAGUAAUGCAUCAAGUCUUUGAACACACCAGCGCAUUCACACAGCAGAGAGGCCAUACCACUGCUCCCAGUGUGGGAAGAGCUUCAGUGAUUCAUCAAAUAUCCAAUCACACCAGCGCAUUCACACAGGGGAAAAGCCAUACCACUGCUCCCAGUGUGGGAAGAGCUUCAGCCAAUCAGCUGAGCUGAACAGACACCAGCGCAUUCACACAGGGGAGAAGUCAUACCACUGCUCCCAGUGUGGGAAGAGCUUCAGUUGGUCUAGAAGUUUUAGAAGACACCAGCGCAUUCACACAGGGGAAAAGCCAUACCACUGCUCCCAGUGUGGGAAGAGCUUCAGUGAAUAAUCAAAUCUUAUAAGACACCAGCACAUUCACACAGGGGAGAGGCCAUACCACUGCUCCCAGUGUGGGCAGAGCUUCAGUCAAUCAUCAAAUCUUAUAAGACACCAGCACAUUCACACAGGGGAGAGGCCAUACCACUGCUCCCAGUGUGGGAAGACCUUCAGUGAAUCAUCAAGUCUUAUAACACACCAGCGCAUUCACACAGGGGAAAAGCCAUACCACUGCUCCCAGUGUGGGCAGAGCUUCAGUCAGUCAUCAAAUCUUAUAAGACACCAGCGCAUUCACACAGGGGAGAGCCCAUACCACUGCUCCCAGUGUGGGAAGAGCUUCAGUAAUCCAUCAGGUCUUAGAGAACACCAGCGCAUUCACACAGGGGAGAGGCCAUACCACUGCUCCCAGUGUGGGAAGAGCUUCAGUCAGUCAUCAAGUCUUAUAAGACACCAGCGCAUUCACACAGGGGAGAGGCCAUACCACUGCUCCCAGUGUGGGAAGAACUUCAGUGAUUCAUCAUGUCUUAGAACACACCAGCGCAUUCACACAGGGGAGAGCCCAUACCACUGCUCCCAGUGUGGGAAGAGCUUCAGUAAUCCAUCAGGUCUUAGAGAACACCAGCGCAUUCACACAGGGGAGAGGCCAUACCACUGCUCCCAGUGUGGGAAGAGCUUCAGUCAGUCAUCAAGUCUUAUAAGACACCAGCGCAUUCACACAGGGGAGAGGCCAUACCAGUGCUCCCAGUGUGGGAAGAACUUCAGUGAUUCAUCAUGUCUUAGAACACACCAGCGCAUUCACACAGGGGAGAGGCCAUACCAGUGCUCCCAGUGUGGAAAGAGCUUCAGGAAUUCAUCAGGCCUUAGAACACACCAGUGCAUUCACACAGGGGAAAAACUUUACCAGUGCUCCCAGUGUGGGAAGAGCUUCAGCCAAUCAGCUGACCUGAACAGGCACAGACACCAGCGCAUUCACACGGGGGAGAAGUCAUACCACUGCUCCCAGUGUGGGAAGAGCUUCAGUAAUUCAUCAGGUCUUGUAAGACACCAGCGCAGUCACACAGGGGAGAGGCCAUACCACUGCUCCCAGUGUGGGAAGAGUUUCAAUCGGUCACCAGAUCUUAGAAUACACCAGCGCAUUCACACGGGGGAGAGGCCAUACCACUGCUCCCAGUGUGGGAAGAGCUUCAAACAGUUGUCAGUUCUUAUAAGACACCAACGGAUUCACACAGGGGAGAGGCCAUACCACUGCUCCCAGUGUGGGAAGAGCUUCAAACAGUUGUCAGUUCUUCAAAGACACCAGCGCAUUCACACGGGGGAGAAGUCAUACCACUGCUCCCAGUGUGGGAAGAGCUUCAGUCAGUCAUCAAAUCUCCAAUCACACAAGCACAUUCACACAGGGGAAAAGCCAUACCACUGCUCCCAGUGUGGGAAGAGCUUUAGUAAUUCAUCAGGUCUUGUAAGACACCAGCGCAUUCACACAGGGGAAAAGCCAUACCACUGCUCCCAGUGUGGGAAGAGCUUUAGUAAUUCAUCAGGUCUUGUAAGACACCAGCGCAUUCACACAGGGGAAAAGCCAUACCACUGCUCCCAGUGUGGGAAGAGCUUUAGUAAUUCAUCAGGUCUUGUAAGACACCAGCGCAGUCACACAGGGGAGAGGCCAUACCACUGCUCCCAGUGUGGGAAGAGCUUCAGUCGGUCAUCAUUUCUUCAAUCACACCAGCGCAUUCACACAGGGGAAAAGCCAUACCACUGCUCCCAGUGUGGGAAGAGCUUCAGUCGGUCAUCAUUUCUUCAAUCACACCAGCGCAUUCACACAGGGGAAAAGCCAUACCACUGCUCCCAGUGUGGGAAGAGCUUCAGUCGGUCAUCAAUUCUUCAAUCACACCAGCGCAUUCACACAGGGGAAAAGCCAUACCACUGCUCCCAGUGUGGGAAGAGCUUCAGUCAGUCAUCAAUUCUUCAAUCACACCAGCGCAUUCACACAGGGGAAAAGCCAUACCACUGCUCCCAGUGUGGGAAGAGCUUCAGUGAUUCAUCAGCUCUUAGAAGACACCAGCGCAUUCACACAGGGGAAAAGCCAUACCACUGCUCCCAGUGUGGGAAGAGCUUCAGUAAUUCAUCAGGUCUUGUAAGACACCAGCGCAGUCACACAGGGGAGAGGCCAUACCACUGCUCCCAGUGUGGGAAGAGCUUCAAACAGUUGUCAGUUCUUCAAAGACACCAGCGCAUUCACACAGGGGAGAGGCCAUACCACUGCUCCCAGUGUGGGAAGAGCUUCAAACAGUUGUCAGUUCUUCAAAGACACCAGCGCAUUCACACAGGGGAGAGGCCAUACCACUGCUCCCAGUGUGGGAAGAGCUUCAAACAGUUGUCAGUUCUUCAAAGACACCAGCGCAUUCACACAGGGGAGAGGCCGUACCACUGCUCUCAGUGUGGGAAGAGCUUCAACCAGUUAUCACAUCUUCAAUCCCACCAGCGCAUGCACACAGGGGAAAAGCCAUACCACUGCUCCCAGUGUGAGAAGAGCUUCAGUUAUGCAUUGAAGCUUAAAAAACACAAGUGCAGUCACACAGCGUGUUACCAGUCUGUUACCUGUUCAGUGUGA